GGUUCAGUUGCUAUGUGGUUGUUACUGCUUUUGGUUACUUUAUGCGCUUUUUCUGUUUCCUGCAUCGAAUUGACUUUUGAAUUGCCCGAUAAAGAAGUCCAGUGUUUUUUUGAAGACAUCAAAGUUAAUGUUAAAACUGUCUUGGAAUUCCAGGUUGUUACUGGAGGAAAGUAUGACGUUGAUGUAUCUAUAGAAGAUCCAACUGGAAAGGUUAUUUAUAAAGAAAUCAAAAAGCAGUACGCGAGUUAUGAUUGGACGACUUCUGUAGAGGGUCCGUACAAGGUGUGUUUCUCAAACGAAUUCUCUACCUUCUCUCAUAAAAUAGUUUACAUGGAUUGGCAAAUUGGAGACGAAGAGCACAUGAAGGGAACUCCGCGUACAGCAGCCAUGACUCAAUUGGAGACUUCAGCUGCUAAAAUUGGCGACAAUUUGAGGGUAGCAGACGAUUUUCAAACACAUCACAGGUUGCGUGAAGCAACUGGGCGUAAACGGGCUGAAGAACUCAAUGAAAGAGUUUUGCUAUGGUCACUCGGGCAAACUGGCACAAUAAUUCUACUAGGAAUUGCUCAAGUACGUUUUCUUUGUAGAGUUGGAACAACAGGCAGUUGCAAAAAAACUGUCCCUCAAAUUGAACCGUAA